AUACACGUUGCUCAAAGCAAUUACAGAGGCGGCGAGCAGGAAUGAUGGCGUAAGGGCGCGCGGCGCGGCAUCGGCAGGAACCUGGGAAUGCAGCUGGCGGGCGGCGGACGGGCGGGUGACGUCGGCGGCCGCGUCAAUACCGGUGGCCGGGCUGUCGCACAUCUGGCCUCGUGUGUCCCAUCUUGGCCAGGUUCCCACGGGCUCGUAUAGUACAGCUUUGACCUGACCUGACCUUGUCCCCUGUUGGUGACCCGUGACGGCCACGCCCACAAGCCCACCAGGCAGCAGGAAGACGACCACAACUUCCUGCAAUGGAGUCCUGCCGCCGCCAGGAGGAUGACGGGGAAAACCAUCAGUCAUCCGCGCCGGUCUUCCCCUCGCCCCACGGCCCACCUCCCACAAAGACACUGCCCGAGGGAAUGGAGAAGCCGCAGGGUCGGGUGGCCGCCGUGGUGCCUGCGGCGGGCAGCAGUGAACGGAUGGGAAGCGUCACCCCGAAGCAGUACAUUGAGGUGUGCGGGCGCCCCCUGGUGACGUACUGCCUGGAGGCGCUGCAGAGUGUGGAGUGGAUGUCCCGGGUGGUGGUGGUGGCGGAUGAUCUAGCCCGGAUGAGGGAGGUAGUGCGGGGCGCGGCGCUGUCUAAGGUCACGGUGAUACAGGGUGGAGGCAGCAGGCACCGAUCCAUCAGGGUGGGAGUAGAGGCGCUGGCGGCGGAGGAAGACCCACCUGACGUAGUAGUGGUGCACGACGGAGCCCGGCCCAUCGUGCCCCUCCACACCCUCGCACAGGUGGUAGUGAUGGCGCAGCGGCACGGGGCAGCGGGGGCGGUGCGGUCUUUGGUGUCCACGGUGGUGAUGCCCGACGCCCAGGACUUCCUUGAGGAGAGUCUGGUCAGGAGUCAGUACCGCAACUCAGAGAUGCCCCAGGCGUUCAGAUUUGGGGUGCUGCGGGACGCUUAUCGGAAGUGCAGUGACGAGGAGGCUGACUAUGGGACUGAGUGCCUGGCUUUGGCUCUGCGCCACUGUCGGGUUAAGGCUAAACUGGUCCCUGGAACACCACAGCUGUGGAAGGUGACGGAAGAGAAAGACCUGGAGGUAGCACGUGCCCUUCUUCCACGCCUCACCCGACACACUAUUGUGGUCUGCCGCACACUCGCCUCUUCUCAGCCAUGUCGCACUGCAGGCGCCGCUCAUGCCUCAGAUCCCUUCACCGGUGCCGUUACCUGCCGUGAGGAGUGCUCACAUGUGUUUGCGUCGCUCGAGGACACUUUGAGACGCUCUUGCAAGGAACUUCACUUCUCUCCUAGAUAUGAUACUGCAGUGUCUUCACUCGCCUCUGUGGUCGUCAUUACCAACGUCACCUGUCACACUACACUCGUGGAACACCUGAAGGACGCUGCCGCUGAUAUUAACAAUGCAGCGGGCCCAGUGAUUUUCAUAUUCAACCAACAAAGCCACAAUCUCAAUCCUAUCCCGUUAAGUAUAGUGUCGCUGCAGCAGGAAGUAAGAGAUGCCUUUAGCAACCACUCAGGCCCCGUCACCGUUAUCCUAAACAGUCCGACAAGAACUCCUGAAUGCAUCAAGGGGGGCCCGGAUGUUAGCCAUGACCAACCACCACCAGACACACAGAGACUCCGCUCCUUGGUGGCGUCGCUGCUUGACCAAACCAGCCGGGGGUUCCAUGGUCUGGUGCUGGUGCUGUAGGAAGGGACGGUAUGGGAAUGAUGCCGCCGUGAGGAGCAUACCUUUCUGGGAACGACAGGGACCAAUCAGAAGCUACAGCAGCAAGCGAAGCAAGAGAUUGAGGAAGAGGAGGGUGCGGCGGUGCACGGAUGCCGGUUUCUGUUGCUCAUCCCAGUGACAUCCACAGUAGCUGAACAGCCUGAAGCAUUGAGUAGGUGACGAGGAUGUGGUAAAUCCUCUCUUAAAUGGAAUCACUGCAUCCACCAGGUCAUAAAUGUGUUGACCUAGUUGAUCUGAUAUCCUUUCCUGGAUGCAAGUGGAUGAACAAGAAAACAAACUCAGGAAUUCAAGUCACCUCUUGGAUAUUGUGCAAACACGAGUGUUUCUGCUGUGGUCAUCUGAAAGUAUUCAGACUGUUUGAAUAGUCUUUUUAUCACAUGAAAUGAAGAGGAAAUAACUGUAAAUAGCUUACCUUACUGGUUUCUAAAGUAUGGUGGUGAUCAUCUGUGAUGUGCGACUUAUCUGAAGCUUGCACAUGGAGUUUACUAGGCAAGUUUUUUUUUUUCAGGAUAUUUGAAAGGUAGGCUUCAAAAAAAAAAAAAAAGCCAGGAUUGGUGGCCAAAAGCCAAAAGUAAACUUCAAAAAACUAAGUUUAAGGUGUGAUUUGCACAUAGAGUCUGAACGACACCGGAGUCGCUCGGACAGGGCUUCUAUGUGCAAAUCACUCCUUAAACUUAACAGAAAACUUGUUUAUUUGCAAAAGACAUUGGUACAAAAGAUUACUUAAUUUUUUAUAUUGUUUUACUGCAUUUUUACAAUGUAUGUAUGGUAGGUAAGUUCAUACUCAUAAAUAAUACACAACAGGAUAAACAUGGCACUUGUUUUCCUUUUACUAUCAAUGAAGAAGUGCUGGAAUGUACAGAACUUGUGCCAGACCUGAGAUGAGACUUGUGUCAAUUUGAGUGAGGAGCAAACACUUCCUGGUGAAACUACUGAGAACUCUUGUGCCUCUGCAAGUCCUGAAUGUUGCUUGUCAAUCCCACCACAACUUGAACUUCAUGCACUCUUCCUGCUGUUAACAACUGCUUGACAAUCUUCCUCCUGCUCAAAAUUCUUAACUUCCGCUCUUCUUGGUGCAGCUUGACUCCUCCUCUUGAUUGCAAUGAAAAAAACUGUUCCAGGCCCUUUUCCUCUAUCCUGACGAUACUUCUUAACACCUCGUCAGACUUGAAGGUAGUGACACUCAUACUCUUCCUGAUGAAACUUGACUCUUUGAUUGCAAUGGAGAACGUCAGGCCUGAUUUGGCAGUAGUAGGUGUUGAUAAAGAUUCUUGUGGGGUGUUCAUGGGAUGGUGGAGUAUGGUGGAGUAGAAACAGCACAACACAUAUGUGACAACUCAGAUGCCCUGAAGAUGUUGCUAUGCUUAGUCUUUGAAUCACAGACUGUCAGGCACAGUGGAGUGAGAUGUCUCUCCCAUGCUCCUCUGCCCAUUUCACCCUUGCACCACCACCUCAAUUCAUGGUUGACAUUUAAUUCCCCUUACAUUAUAAUGGAUCUUGGCAAGCUUAACAACGAAGAGAUACAGGGACUGCUACACAUGUAGUGGCUUCUUGAAGCUUCCCUUAUUUCUUAUGUUUCUGAUGUUGUUAAGAGGGCUAUGAUGGUGUUUGUUUGAGUUGAAGAAAGUUAACUGCAGAAGAGACAUUAAGAAGUAUAGUUUUCCUAACAGAAGUGAGAAGAAACCGAAUGAACUUAGUGAAGAGGUUGUAAAUGCCAAACUGUCAGUGCUUUCAAGACCAAACUAGAUAGAUACAGAGAUGGGAUACUAUGACAUUACUCCCCUCCCAUAAACCACAACUAGGUAAAUACAAGCAAGUAAAUACACACACACACACACACACACACACACACACACACACACACACACACACCACAGAUUCCUUAUUAAUAAAAUCUGUUUCAUCUCAGCCCCACCACAUUGUGUCCCCCCAUGCAGUAUGCUUAUAUAAUUCUGUAGUCCUGCACAACAGCUGCUUCUCAACAAAAAUCUUUGUGUAUGGGAGGAGAGGAGGCUGUAAUGUAUGAAUGCCAAGUAUAGACACACUUUGGGUCUGCUGAGGGUGGGGCUGAGAUGAAAGAUUAUUAGGAGGGUAUCUGUGAAAGAUGACUGUGGUAUGAAGAAAACAUGCUGUGAGAGGGAAAUAAUGAUUUGUCUGGGAUAAGAUGUGAAGCGAUUUUUGUUCAGAGAGAGAGAGAGAGCUCUGAUGCGUGAUUAUGUAUGGUAACCUUAUUGUGGAUCUGACAGAUUAUGCUGGGAGAUGGUGGUGCACAACUGUAAGCUUAUUACAUGAGGACUGAGAAAGGUUUUGGGAAGGAUUUGUGGUGUAUGGCUGCCAUGUAAACAAACUCUGCAUGCAUGCAUGCAUGCAGGUGCUCUCUCUCUCUCUCUCUCUCUCUCUCUCUCUCUCUCUCUCUCUCUCUCUCUCUCUCUCUCUCUCUCUCUCUCUCUCUCUCCAGACCCACA